CGCAGACGCGGAAGUGGAGCUUCUGUACGGGCUCGGGGCGAGCUGGGGCUGCGGGUGGGCGGUGAGAGGGAGCCGCCAUGCUGGAGGGGGCGCCGGGGUCAUUUUUGGGGAUCCCUGAGGGGACUUUGGGAUAAUUUAGGGAUCCAUGAGGGAAUUUCGAGAUCCCGGGGGAAAUUUGGGAUCCCAGGGGGAUUUUGGGAAGUCCCUGGGUGGAGUGGGGGUACUCGGGGACGCCGUUUUUGGGGAGCCGCGCUGGGGGUUCCCUCACAACGCGGCCUUUGCCGCCCCCAGCUUCUGCCACAUCUUCCCUUUUCUUCGGGAUAUCCUUGGAUUUGGGCUUUCCCUGGAAUUCUCCCGUGGUUCCCCCUCAUGCCGGGGGUCCCCCAAUUUCACCUAAUACCCACAGCCCCGCAGAAUCCAUGGAUUCCCUCCUUUUCCUCUGCGCCCGCCGCAUCGUCGCCCACCGCCCUCUUCCCGCCCUUCCCGCCGAUCUCUAUCCCGUCCUUUUCCAAGCGGCAUUCCUGGAUGGAAGACCCCUGGUCCUGCGGGAUUUGGUGGCCGCUUGGCCUUUCCCGGUGCUCAAUUUCCAGCGGCUGGUGGGGCGCCGGGAGCUGCUCCGGGAUCAUCCCUGCAAGCUCUGCGUCCAGGCCGUCAUCCUGGCCGUGGUGGCGCAGCUCCGGCGGGAGCUGGAAGAGCCCGACCGCGAUUCCAGCGGGUGCCGCCUGCGGGUGCUGGAUGUGACGGGAGUUCCGGACGAUCCGGCCGGCCGCGCUCCAGACGGGAUGAGCGUCUGGUCCGGCACCGUGGCUUUGGCCAAGGCUUGCGUGGAGGUUUCCAAGCACCAGCGGGAAUUCCAGAGGCGCGGAUCCAAGCGGCACAAAGGUCGCUCCGGAGCCGCCACGGCCGCGGCCGCUCCGCAGCCCCCGGGCGUCGACGUCCACGCCGACCUGUUCGUCAACGGAACGUCCUACGGGAUCCUGCGCGACGCGCUCCAGACCGGAGCCGCCGGCCCGCUGCGCCUCAAGUGCCGCGAAUUCCAAGCGGAAAAGCUCUCCCUGGCCGGGAUCGUGAGCCUGCUGGAAUCUUUGGAUCCUUCCUGCGUGCGGAGGGUGGAUCUGCGCUUCCGGAAUUUGGGAUUGACCGGGCUCUCGGUGAUCCUGCCGCACCUCUCGCGCUUCCCGGAGCUGCGCAGCCUCAAGCUCCAGUACAGCAACGUGGACGUGCGGCGCCCGACGCCGGAAUCGGCCAUCGGGAUCCGGUGCCUGGCCGGGCAGCUGGGAAUGCUGCCCAGCCUCCGGGAGCUCAACCUGGGAUCCUCCCGGCUCUCCGGGAAUCUGCGCCAGAUCCUCUGGUGAGUUCCCUGCCCAGCGGGGCCUGGCCGGGCCCUUCCUGCGCUCCGGGGGGAUUCCCAAGGGUUGGGGAUCUUGGGGGGUCUUUUCCAGCCUGAGCGAUCCUGAGUGAUUCCAGGAUUUCAUUAUCCUCAUGUUCCCAUCAUUCCGUUUUCCCAAUAGUUCAUGACUCAAUGAUUCCAUUGCCCCAUAAAUUCCUGAUCCCAGAAUUCCAUAAUUCCAAGGUUCCCAAAGGUUGGGCUCAAUGGCCUUGAAGGUCUUUUCCCACCUGAAUGAUCCAUUGAUUCCAGGAAUUCAUUAUCCCAACGUUCCCGUGAUUCCGUUAUCCCAAUAUUUCAUGACUCAGUGAUUCCAUUCUCCCAUAAUUCUGUGAUGCCACAAUUACAGGAAUCUCAAAGGUUUG